UUGGGAGGGAGGUGGUGAAGGAAGGAGGAACGAGUGAUCGGUAAGGUGCUGGGAAGUAGGGUGGAGUUAAAAAAAAAACACAGACGUAGAGCACAGACAAACAGGUGCACCCUGACGGUCAGACAGAAGAAAAACAAGACCAUGAAGACCUGGAUCAGGAAUUAACACUCAGCUAUGUGACUGACUACCUGAAGGCUGACUAACAAGGCUACGCUGGAGGAUUUAGAGCACCGCUGCAAACAAAAGGAUGUCUACCAUAGGAAACGCAGACUUACGCUGCACCCAGGGGGACACGCUCUGUGAGAUCCGCGUGUAUGAGAAAGAGGUGAUCAUCGUGCCCAUCCUGCUGCUGGCCAGCUUCGUGGUCACACUGGUCUUCAUCCUUCUGUUGCGCUUCUGUCCAGAGAAGGUGGACCGCAUCCGCAUAAGCACCUUAAAGUCGUCCUCCAGGAGAGUGCUGCAUGGCAUUGACGCUCCUCCUGGCAUCAACGUGCUGGAGCAUGAAAGCAUUGCUAUGGAUAUGCCCAGCACCUACUCCACCUUCCAGCCCCCCAGCACCUACCCAUCCAAAAAUCUCUCUCUGUCCGUGGACUCACCGCCUUUGUUGUCCAAGGCCCAGCCUCAGCAGCCCUACAAGGCUCCCCUCAGCCCUCUCGUCCAGCCCAGGGAGCUGCCGCGCCAGAGGCUGCCAGAGUCCUUCAAUCUGGUCAGCCCGCUGCGUGGCUCCUUCUCCCUGCGCUCCGACUCCACCGUGUCCCUGUACAGGGCACGCAUGGAGAACAGGAACGUGGUCCUGCGGGUGCUAAAUGACUCGGCCGACGCCACAGAGAGACACACCUUCCUGGGCUUUGCCUCCUUCCUGGCCCAGCUUGGACCCCACCCGUUCUUGCCAGAGCUGCUGGGCGUUGUCUCCUUGCGAGCCCCUCUAGUUACUGUAGUGGAGGAGUUGGAACACAGAGACCUGCUCAGCUUCCUGUGGCGGUGCAGACAGGUGGAGGAAAACCUGAAUCCUCCAUGUGAGAUGACUGAGAAGAGGAUAUUUACCAUGGCUCAACACGUGGCCUCAGCGCUGAUGUUCCUCCACAGCAAAGACAUCCUGCACGGAAACAUCCGGGCCCGGAGCGUCCUCGUGAGCAAGCAGCACACGGCCAAGCUCUGGGGCCUUCACGGUGUCUACACCCGCAAGAACCAGGCAGCCACCCAGAAGGACAAUCCCAGCAUGAAGAAGUGGCAGGCGCCUGAGAUAUUAGCCAGAAGAACCGCUGGUCCCAGCAGUGAUGUCUGGUCUUUCGGCGUCUUACUCUAUGAAAUGGCAACACUGGGAGAAGCUCCAUUCGCAGAGCUCCCAGUCAGUGAGCUCCUGCAGUUUCACCAGCGAGGAAAGAGUUUGAAGAAGCCUUCCAGCUGCUCCAACUCACUACACUCCAUAAUUAAGGGCUGCUGCCAGUGGAAAGAUGCCGAUCGACCCGCGCUGGCUGAACUGAGCCGCAAGCUGGUGUCAGGGGAGAAGAGCGCCUCGGAUAAAGUCCUCAAGGGGGCGGGGGCGGUCAACAUCGAGCAGUAUCUGCGGGAGGCGGGAUACGGGGAAGCAAACAGCUACACAGUCUUCUGAUCAUAACAAAUAGUCCUACACACACUUUCUGGUGCACUUCUGUCCGUGGAGACUGUUACAUGCUCUUUCUACAUGAAGGAAAAACAUACAAAAGUAUCCAUACUUAGGACUUUUAUUAUUAAGCUUGUCUUUUCUCUAUGAAAACAUGUUAAGGUUUAGUGGAGGAAACCAAUGUGAACUUGAAAGGUGUUCAGCUGUUAGUGGAUGCCGUGGAAUGAUGGUUUACCUGCUUUGUAUACAACCUCCUCUAGCCAUGUAGCAGAUCAUGUGAUGUUUUCUAAGCUUCCACGUUGCAGGAAACAAUGUGAAUAAAUAAUCAUCAUAGUCUGAUGCAUUGACAAAA